AUUUUCUUUGCAAAGUUUUACCUUAAGCAUGUAAGAAAUGCAACAACAGCAGCAAAAAAAAAGUCCAUAAAAAAAAGUAACGAAAAAUACAAAAAAAAGUAAAAAAGAAAGAAACAAAAACAAAAAAAAUAGUCGUAUUAUUAUAUAACGCAUUUGCUACGUUAUUUAUAACGAUUUUCACGCGUUGAUCGUGCAAAGUGCGCGAAUUUGCAAUUCAUUUACGCGAAGCGCGUGGCAUGCGACGUGCAUUCCAAUUUCUAUAAGUGGCGCCCCAGCAUUGCGAGCUACUUUUUGUUUUUUUUUUUUAUAUUAAGAGAAAUGACUAAAGUGCUGUCAGUCGAUUGCGAAACAUGAAAGGGUCCACAAGCAGUGAAGGUUGUGACAGUGACAGGAUGAUGACAGUGCGGACUCCCAAACGGAGCAGCUGCUGUGGGCGUUUGUUCGUUGUAAUGUUGUUGCCUCUGUUGCUACUGCUGUGCCUGACUGUUCGGUCUAGUGUGGGCGGCAAGACAACCACCAUCGUACGUCACACAGACACCACAGAUCCGCAGCUGGAUGGCUUCUGGGCGAAUAGAACCUCGUGGAAUGCACGAUGGGUGAAGUACUGGCGGGCCAAGCGCAUCUAUGAGCCGGUGUGGAAGAAGGUUUGGACUCCGUCGAUACACACCGAGUGGAUACCACUGCCCAAUGCUCCUGAGCCGGAUGCCUGGAAGAAGCCAAAUCAUCCGCAGCACAAUGACGAUGAAGAAGUAGAUUGAAGUAGAAGACUGAACCCACUUUUGUAUUAUUAUAAUUUGUAUUUAUUUAUUUAUUUUAUUUGGUUAAUUAAACAAUGUCUAAGGCUAGAGAUAAUUUAAAUUGACGCUAACGCCAACGCAACGAAAGUCCUUACGUGCUAACGACUGGUGUACAACUAUUUACAUGGAACAAGGAUCCGGGUGGGUGACAUUUUAAUUAAUGUGGCAUUUGGCACGGCGUUUAUGCGCCCGGAAACUUAAACGAUUGCGAUGUGGCAGCGAUUGGCGAUUUGGCCGCCUCCAGCGUCUUCGCCUUGAAAUCUCCGUUAGCCACCGGCUUCAGUUGUGUUGGCUUCUGCGCUGAGACGUUGCUAUCGUCGCGCUUCCACACAACUUUGUCCUUUUCGUUGGUGGCAGCUUUGUCCUUGCGAUCCCAGUCCCAGCUCUCUUCGUGGUGGUGAUCGUGAUGGUGAUCGGGCGAGGGGAACCAUUCGGAUAUUACAACGGGCUUCCAGAUUUUCUUCCAGCCAGGCACCCA